AUGCGAGGCACCCGCACAAGAGGUCGCUGGUCGCCGCCAUUCACCACGCUCACGCUGACAUUAUGGUUGUUCUGCUUGCUUCUGGCACCGCAGCCUACUCUGCAAGCCCGCCUGGAGCGGCGGUCUCUCAAACAAUUAACGCCAGCGGAAAUCCAGGCGUUGGUCUCGUCCCCGGACCCGUUGAAGCAGCUCAAUCCAAAUGACCCGAACUCGCAUCUCUCCAAAAUCCUCAUCCCUCGCGUCGCUGACACGGCGAAUAACACUCUGGUCAGAGAGUAUAUCGUGUCCAAGAUGAAGGCUUUGGAUUGGCACAUCGAGGAGGAUUCUUUCACGGAUACCACACCACUGGGGAAGAAGAAAUUCACUAACAUAAUAGCAACGAAGGACCCAACCGCUCCGCGACGUGUCGUCCUCUCUGCGCAUUUCGACAGCAAGUACUUCGCCUCUCACGACUUCUUAGGUGCCACGGACUCUGCUGCGCCAUGCGCAAUGAUACUCGACCUUGCGGAAACACUGAAUCCAUUGCUCAAUAAGCGUAAAGAGCGCCUUGACGCUGGGCUUGAAGACGAUGACGAUAUCUCGGACACUACUUUGCAGUUGAUCUUCUUCGAUGGGGAAGAGGCAUUUAAGGAAUGGACGAAUACAGAUUCCAUAUACGGCGCUCGGCAUCUUGCAGCAAAGUGGGAGAACACGUACAUUGCUCCGGGACAGAAGAGACGGUUGUAUGGCCCAUCUGUUACCGAGCUUUCUACCAUCGAGCACCUGAUUUUACUGGACCUCCUUGGUGCCCCGUCUCCCCGCAUCCGUUCAUAUUUCAUCGAUACCGCUUGGCUCUUCGAUGCCAUGGCAGGUGCAGAACGUCGCCUUGGAGAAAGUGGCGCCUUCGCAUACGGCAAUGAGCAGGGUAUGGCACCAGGCAAAUGGAGGAGCUAUUUCCGCGCAAGGACCGGCCACGAGUCGAAUUUUGGGUAUAUGGGAGAUGAUCAUGUUCCUUUCCUCCACAGAGGGGUCAGUGUGCUGCAUAUAAUAUCUGAACCGUUCCCCUCGGUAUGGCAUACGCUUGCCGAUGAUGCCUCAGCUUUGGACCUUCCAACGAUGCGUCGCUGGAAUCUAGUAUUACGAGUGUUCAUGAGCGAGUACCUCAACCUGCACCCCGAACCAUCAGCACGUUCCUCAAGAUCACAAUCAGAACUUGUAAGUCUACAUAUGCUCAGCUGA